CACCUAUUUCGCGUUCUUCACGACUUCUCUAAUAUCAAGCGCUCACAUUAGUUUUGCAAUGCCGACGUUGAUGUUGGCAGAUGAUGAUCGAAUCGAGCGUGCUGCAGGCAUCCCUUAGCCUUGUGUCACCAGCACCUUCAGUUUAAGCAAACAGCCCCACCCUCAAUCUGUUUCAGCAACCUGGGCUUUCGGAUCAAUUCAUCGACGUAUCUCAGCUGAUUCCCAGUUUCCUGCCGUCAACAACAGUUCGCCAUCAUGGAAGUCUUCGUUCGAGAUGUGCCCGAGCAAGUGACAGAGAAGGGGCUGCGAAAUCUGCUUCAGCCUUAUAUGAGGACCUUGAAGAUCGAGAUCUUUCAUUGCACAAAACAACAGCAAAAGAGGUUUGCUUUCUUGGUAUUUCUCACCGCCGAGGAUGGAAACCGCUUUCUUCAGCAUUAUGGCCAACAAAAACCUUCACGGAAUGCUCCGAAUGGUCCCGUGUUCAAACCGAAAAUCCAAAUUCUGCGGGUCACUAUCUUCUGUGGAGUCAGCAAUAAACCUCCAAAUCCGCACAUUCUUCGAAGUCUAGAGAAGGAACAGAAAGAUCGAAAAGCCAAGAGCAAGACUGCUCCAAGCGAAAAUUCAAAGCUGCCAGCCAGAAAGGAUUUUCCCGUCUUGUCUGUGUCAUGCGGUGUAUGGGGCUACGCUGACACUGAUUUGGUUUUCAUCCCAUACCUAGCUCUUCAUGAGAAUGGACAGGCUAUCUUUGGAUCUCGAAGUCUGCUUGUGAAACUUGAUUCCGGCAAACGAAUCGAAUUUCUCUACUCUUGCACGUAUGGCAUUACCAUGCAAGAUGCACCUCGACCUUCCUUCAGUGUCCAAACUUGGGAAGCUCCAAGAUUUUACGAACACGAGUCUAUGGAUCUAAUACAGUCUUUAAUCGCAAGCGCAGCCAAUUUGAAUCUCAAUGGCCAAAGAGGCAAUAAGCGUCGGCGAGUAGGUUCUCUGACUCCGGAGCAUGCUAUAAUUGCCGGCAGUUGUUUUGUCUACCGAAUCGAACUCUCCCAUGACAAUGCUCCACCACAAUCUAAUUCCAACAAUCACAUCGAGGAUGAUAUGCGUGCUUUGCAAAAGGUGCCUGGGUUACCACCGAUAGCCCACCAGCAGAUUGAUGGCCAUCGUCCCAGAAAAUCAUUUGCUAGCGAACUCAAAGCUCUUGAUUCGACGUUCUCAGCUUCGCAAACCCUGCCUUGGAAGCUCAAAUUCCAAAUUCGUUUGCUAGUGUCCAACGGAUACUUGACACCAUCACAGACUCUCGCCAUGUUACCAGAGUUUCAGAAGUUACAUGGCCGAUCUGAAUUGGAUAUCUGCAUCACAGCACUGCAGAGAUUUCGAAAUCAAAUCUUGUAUGCUGGCUCGGAUACCGAUGCGAAAGACUUGGAACUAGAAGCUUUGGUGCAGCAACUAAGAGAAGCUGAAGCCAAAGCGAAGAGCGAUGAUCGAUUACGCUCAACGGACGGGCCUAUAAAUCUGUCUUCAGACCACUUGGCUAUGAUUCAUCGAGCCAUGAUUACACCAGCAGGAAUCUACCUUGAUGGACCAGAUGCAGAACCCAUGAACCGUGUUCUGAGAAAAUAUCCUAAUCAUCACGAAUUCUUCCUUCGCGUACAAUUCGGUGAUGAAGAUGGAGAGCCAGUAAGGUUUAACCCUCGGGUAUCGAACGACUUAAUCUAUAAUGAGAGGUUCAAGUCUGUACUCCGGAAUGGUAUCAGCAUCGCAGGGCGCAGAUACAACUUUCUUGGAUUCUCUCACUCUUCCUUGCGAGCUCAGUCUUGCUGGUUCAUGGCACCAUUCACACACAACGGCAGCCUACUCUUCGACAGAAUGUUGAUUCAACAGCUUGGUGACUUUACCAAAAUACGGUGCCCUGCUAAGUGUGCAGCACGAAUUGGUCAGGCCUUCUCGGAGACUCCCACCGCUGUUUCUUUUCCACCCGAGACUUUUAUCAAGAUCAAUGAUGUAGAACGUAAUGGACGAGUAUUCAGCGAUGGAGUGGGCACCUUGUCUCUUGCUGCCAUGCGAAAGAUAUGGAAAGCUGUCCCUUCAAUGCGCGACACAAAGCCAACCUGUUUUCAGAUUCGAUUCCAAGGGGCAAAGGGAAUGAUUUCUCUUGACAAUCGUCUCGAAGGAGAACGUGUCCAUCUUCGCCCGUCCAUGAUUAAAUUCGAAGGCUCGACCUCGGUGGAUAUUGAACUUUGUGGAUCUAAUGCUAGACCUCUACCUAUGUUCCUUAAUCGACAAGUCAUCAAGAUAUUGGAAGAUAUGGGAGUAGAUGACCACUGGUUCCUGGAUCUUCAGUCUCAAGAAAUUGAACGUCUCAGAAAUAUCACUUCGACAGCAGCAAAUGCAGCUAAGUUUCUCAAGUCACAGUCAAUUGGCGAAACUGGUAGCCUGUCUUGGUUUAUCAAAAAAUUAACCUCGCUCGGGUUAGAAUUUCGAUCUGAUAGGUUUCUCAGAGACGUUCUCGAGCUAUCCGUCAUGAUGCAAGUCCGAGUUAUGAAGUAUCGGGCUCGAAUUCCAGUACCACUUGGAUUAACCUUGUUUGGCGUCAUGGACGAGACUGGCAUUCUUGAAGAGGGUCAAGUCUUUUGCACAUUCACCCAAGGUAAAGAUACGACUAUCUUGAUUGGGAAGAAUUUGGUCAUUACGAGAGCUCCAGCUUUACACCCUGGCGAUGUACAACUUGUUGAAGCAGUCAAUGUACCGGAUCAUUCCCCUCUUCGGUGGCUGUCGAAUUGCAUUUGUUUCAGUCAGAAAGGAGAGCGCGAUCUACCUAGUAAGCUAAGCGGCGGAGAUCUAGAUGGCGACCUUUACAACAUUGUUUGGGACAGUGGAUGCAAGCCCACUCACUACUGUCAUCCAGCAGACUAUCCGAGGCAACUUCCACAAGACAUAGGCCGUACUGUCGAACGAGACGACAUGACGGAUUUUUUCAUCAAGUUCAUGGAGACGGACCAACUUGGAAGAAUCGCGACUUCACAUCAAGUGCUUGCGGACCAGAAGAACAUGGGUACAUCGGAUCCUGAUUGCAAACUGUUAGCCGAACUGCAUUCCACAGCAGUUGACUUCUCGAAGACCGGAAUUCCAGUCGACAUGAAGUUGAUGCCAAAGGUAAUUCCAGUCAGACCAGACUUCAUGGCUCCAGGACCGAAUAUCAAGAUCCACAAGAAAGAAGGGUUGUUGAUUGAAAAAGACGACAAUACACCCAUUGAUGAAAACGAUGAGGAAGAUUUUACACCCUAUAAAUACUACGAGAGCACAAAGAUACUUGGCAAGUUGUUUCGCGCCAUUGACGAACAUGCUGUAUUCAGCGAUCUCCACAAAUACCGAAUGACUUCCCGUGAUUCUUUAGAAAUCCUCGAUCAGGUUUGGGAUUACGUAGUCCGAGAGACUCGAUUGAUCCAAUGGCACCAGCAUCUUAGCGAGGCUCAAGAGAUUCGCGAAAUGUACGAAGAGUCUAUCCUUAGCAUCAUGAAGAGUUACAGUGAACAUCCCGCGCGUCCAAUAUCGGAACUUGAAGCGUUCAUUGGAAACAUUCUCGGCACACAAGGCAUACAGUCGCGCAGGCAACGGGAUCUAUCCAUUCCCAUGAAGGAAGCUUUUGAUCGGGAAGUGGCUUCGACUGUCAGAUUCAUCCGAGGCGUCACCGACGACUACGAGGACCUAGAAGAGACAUUGGCACGCAGUAUUGCUUGCUUCUCGGUGAGUUUAGGCGAAGUGUCUCGUGCACCUGCAGGUGGUAGAAAGACAGAGCCACUUGUUAGCUUCCGCUAUGUUGCUUGUGCUGUAUGUCUACGAGCGCUGGACAAAUAUCUUGAGGAUGAUUAAGAAGACGGGAAGUAGAGCCACUUGUAAGGGCUAGGAAUAUUGCUGUAUGUCUGCGAGAAAGGGGUAUGGUGCUUGAGCUGGAAGUGUGGUUCCCAGACAGCUAGUUGGAGUCAGACUCGUGUUGCUAUUUCGGACUGCUGGAAAUCUCUCCUAUGGGUAUCGCAGAAGAAUGUCUGUAUGUAGCUAAUAACAUUAUGAGGUAGCUGAGCCAUACCUUCAAUCAAACCCAACUGUGAGCAU